AUGGCGGUGAGCCUACCCAAACUCAUCGGCUACUCGCCUGCUGCACUGGGCACUACCGUCAUUUCGGCAUUGGUCUAUAUUAAUCUGAUUGUCGCAACUUGGGUUUCGUCCAUUCUCGCUUGGGCGGCGGGGAAACCUUGGUACCCCUUCUUGCCUUCAAGCGAUACCCACUGCAACCCCAACCCCAAAAGUCCCCGGGUCGCCAUCAUCGGCGCCGGCAUCACUGGAGUCGGCGCCGCAGCCGCUUGCCGCUCCGCCGGCGUCGAAGUCGUCAUCUACGAGAAAUCCCCCACAAUCGGCGGCGUCUGGUCCCGCGUCAACAAGACCUCCUCGCUCCAAUUCCAAGCGCUGUUCUACCGCUUCCACCCCAUCGUCCGUUUCCACCGCGAUUUCCCGCAUCGCGAUGAUAUCCUGAGGGAGCUGGAGCGGGUGUGGAAGUUGUAUGAUUUGGAACGCAGGACGAGGUUUAAUGCCGUUGUAAAGAGUGUCAAGUACGAUGCCGAGACAAAGACGUAUACGGUCAACGGGACGGAUGUGUACGAUGGUGUCAUUUCGGCAGUCGGGACUUGCGAUGAGGUUCUUAUUCCGCCGUUUGAGGGGUUGAAGGACAAGUAUCAGGGUUUGCAGGCGCACACUUCCAAGAUGGAUAAGGUGGAUUUGGACCUCCGCAAGGGACAGAAGAUUGUGGUUCUUGGCAGUGGAGCUUCUGCUGUUGAGGUUAUUGAUUACGUCUUGAACCGUCUUGAUGGCGAUGAGUCCCGUCUUGGAAGCGGCCCUGGGCAGAUUGACCUGACCGUUGUUGCCCGUCACGACAAGUGGAUCAUGCCCCGUGGAAUAAUCCUCAGCACCCUCGCCAGCAUGAUUCCCCCCGCCCUCGGCUUCCUCGUCGAAGCCUUCAUCCGCCGCUACUGGUACGGCACCGAGCUCCGCGGAAUGACCCCCACGCGCCCCUUCUUCUCCUCCACCCCCUGCCUCAACACCCGCUACCUCGAACUCAUCCGCACAAACAAGAUCCGCUACAUCCGCGGCAGCAUUAAGAACUUUGAAUCCCACUCCAUCAAAGUCGGCAAGAUCGAGUGGGACUCGGAUAGUAUGAUCGACAGGGACGCGUAUAAGGACCCCGGGGAGGGUGGGGAUGUGGAGCUUGGGGCGGACGUGACGUUUUUCGCGACGGGGUUCAAGAAACCUACGCUGAGUUUCAUCGAGGACGACGUGUGGCGCGUAGCCUCCUCCCCAUCCAACGACGAGUUCAAACCGCCAAACCUGUUCAACGUCGCCUUCCCGCCCAACUACCCCACCAUGCUCUUCCUGAACGACGCGUACGUCGACGCCGUGGCGACCGCGGGGCAUAUCCACAUUGGGCUGCUCACGAGGUUGUUUGUCAUGUUCUUGUUGGAUCCCAAGACGCAGCCGACGGCCGAGAAGGCGGCGAAGUGGGUCAGGGACCGCACGCCGAAGGAGGCGCUGGAUAUGAAGAAGGAGGAGUGGCGUAGUCAGGGGGUCGAGCCGGCGUGGUGGGGUGGUUAUGACCGGAAGACUGCUGGGCUUUCCUUCUACAAUUACGGUGAACUCCUCUUCUGGACCCUCUCCACCGCCAUCUCCCAACCCAACCGCUGGCGCUACUUCCUCUUCGUCCUCGGCCUUGCAAACUCUAACGUCAAGACCCUCGCCAAGAACUUUGAUCGUCCCACCAUUGCAGCGCCCAACCACCACGUCAACGGCACGAAAGCCCUGCCCGCUGCGGCGCCGACGCUCCGGAUUGUGGAUGAGAAGAGUAAUGAGUUUGAUGGCGUGUUGAAGAAGCGGGUUGGGGAGAAGGUUCGGGCGUAG